AUGACCAGGUUCUGGCGCCAAGCCAAACAUGACUCAUGGUUGGUGCAACCAUGGCGUAGGCGCGCCUGCUCUAGGGUACAAGUUGGCGCGUAGACUUGACUCCGCACGAGACGCUACGCAUCCCUGUAUCAUUGUACAAAUAAUUUCAGAUAUGACCUCUUAGCGCCACCUGUUACGCGGAAGAUACAACAUCGAAACGAACACUUUUCAAGAUGGCAGCGCCCAUCAGAGCGAUAACGUUUCGCUGUCCUCGAGUGUUUGGCUGCUACACUCAGGAGUGGGCAGUGUGUGCUUGGCAUGGCAUUGUCUCAGUUACUAUGAAGAGGCAUAUUUCCGCGUUACCAUCCUUAUUUUUACCGGCGUGGUACAAGAACAGUGUUAUACCCGGUCCAGAAAUCGAGCAUAGACACAUGCUAACACUGAACCAGAGCGUGCAACCUGUAUUGACUCAACUACGGUGCUUAUCGCACAAGAACAAGGGCAAAAAGAAAGGGAAACAUAAAAGCAAUGUCGAAGAAGAACAUUCCGAUGAAGACAAUGUCGAAAUGGGAUUGGUGGACGACGACAAUGAUAACGACCUUGAUGGGCUUCCAAAGGACUUUAAGGACAUGGUUGUUACCGUCAGUUCCCUGCGACUCGACGCAGUUUUAAAGACUGGGCUUGGCAUAUCACGCUCAGCCACCGAGGACGCCUUCUAUGGCAGCAAACUGCGCAUCAAUAGACAGCGGGUGCUGAAAAAGAGCUGCCAGGUGGCACUGGGGGACGAGAUUGACAUUGUGCUUGGCCCACGGGUUGACAACGAGAACAUGUUGGAUGUGCAGCGCGUGCUGGUGAGAGGCAUCAGCAAUGAACGAACACGUUCAGAUAGAAUUAUUCUAGCCUUGCGCCGGUGGAAGAAGUUCACAGUGGAGAACUACCUGCUACACGAAAAGAAAUUUGGCUCAGCUAGGCAGAAUGACGACGAGUAGUCUUCACUGUUAUUUAAUGAGCCCUGUACGUAUGGCACCACCAUAUAGCGUAACGGCGUAUGUUGUUACAUUGUAAACUAAGCAGAGAGUGACUUGGAAUUUCGCAUAAACCUCUUCGUUUGCAGACAGAGAUAUGCAUGCAAGAUUAGGACACGUACGUGUGACUCGAGAUGUGUUGAACACAGUUUGAAAUGACAUAGUUUGUUGUACCAUUUAACAAAGCAAUUUCAGUUUAUUAUCUUUUUUAAUAAAAUAGUAUUUAUUAUGUGAAUUCUUCUCUGGAGUGGAUCAGCAACCAGUAAAUGAGUUCUCAGUACUGCUCUCUGCUUAGGAACCUGAUAUUUACGCUGAUAUUUAGUUCUGAAGUUAAGUAUGUUAGUGAUAGCACAGACCAUUGCUUUCACAGUGAUUGUUAUACAUGUUGUAAAUUAUCACAAUUUAAUUUUGUAGCUCACAGAAACACACUUCCUACAGUAUAUUCCACCAAUUUAAAAACAAGUGCCGCAGAGCGACAGCGCUCAAUUGACGUUUACUGUAGCCGGGUAUUCUUCUG